CUUGAAAUCACCUCAAAUGUAAAUUCUUAUAUAAUGAAGAAGAAAAUUUCUCUUGACAAGCUGACUUUAAAGAAGGCGGAGAACAAAACAGCACUGAUUCUUUACAAUGCUGAUGGUUCAUCAGAAAUAGCGAUGAACUUGUUGUCAAACGAUGAACUACAAAGAUGGAUUGAAGCAUUCUCAUACUGUAAAAAUCUGACAGUUACCGACUACUGUUGCGACCUUAUUUCUUCCCUUGGACCUCAAAAGAUCGAUAUGAGCAAUAUGCAUAAUAUGGUGGAGUCAACUUUGCAAUCUUUGGUCCAGAAAAAAAUUUCUACGAAAUUUAUGUUUCGUUAUUCUUUAAAGUGA